AUGAAGCUGCUCAAGAAGCAGAUCAGCGAGAAGGAUGGCGCCGGCUCGGUGGUGCUGCGAGCUGAGGAGCCCGAGGAUAUGUGGCACAUCUACAAUCUCAUCCACGUAUCCGACUCGGUCAAGACCACAACGAUCCGGAAGGUGGUGAAGGAGGGCGUGACGGGCUCUACCAGUAGUCAACGUGUGCGCAUGACACUGCAAAUUGAGGUGGAACAAGUCAAUUUCGAUCCUGCCCUGUGUGUGCUGCGUAUCAAGGGCAAGAACAUCAUGGAGAGUCAACACGUUCGGUUGGGAGCUUACCACACUCUUGAUCUCGAGAUGAAUCGCGACUUCACGCUAACCAAGAACUGCUGGGACGUCAUGUCGCUGGAACGUAUCGAGAUGGCGUGCGAUAUCACCAAGCAAGCUGAGCUAGCAGCUGUGGUUAUGCAGGUUGGCUUGGCGCACUUGUGCUUGAUCAAGGGUGACAUGACUGUCAUCCGUGCCAAGAUCGAGACCAGUGUACCCAAGAAGCGUCCUGGAAGUUCUGCCCACGCCAAGGGCACGGAGAAAUUUUAUGAGAACAUCGUGCGGUCCAUUCGACAGCACAUUGAUUUCAAGCUCGUCAAGUGCGUCCUGCUUGCCAGUCCGGGUUUCGUCAAGGACGACUUCUUCAAGUUUAUGAUCGAGCAGGCUGUGCGUCAGGACGACAAACUCAUCCUCGAGAACAAGCCCAAGUUCGUGCUGUGUCAUUCGUCGUCUGGGCACAAGCAUGCGCUCGAUGAAGUGCUCAAUGAUCCAGCAAUUCAGUCACAGGUGGCGGAUACCAAGGCCGUGGAAGACGUCAAGUGUCUGGAGCGCUUCUUCAACAUGCUGCAUAUCGACCAGGACCGCGCGUACUACGGCUACAAGCACGUAGAGCGUGCCAACGCCAAUAUGGCCAUCGAGACGCUCAUGAUCACGGACGCUCUGUUCCGGUCGCAGGAUAUCGCCACACGUCGUAAAUACGUCGACCUGGUCGAAAGUGUGCGGGAUAACGGCGGUACCGUCAGGCUGUUCAGUAGUUUGCACGUGUCAGGCGAGAAGCUAGGCCAAGUGAGUGGCAUCGCUGCCAUCCUGCGUUUCCCUAUGCCCGAAAUCGACGACGAAGAUCAAGACGAGGAGUCCGAUUCCGAGGAAGAGAACGAGGACGAUAGUGGAGUGGGCGAUCUGUCGGUCGAAGCUUUAAGUAUGUAG